UUUCAGGAUACAAGAAAGCUCGGUUUGGUGUAUUGUGUACCUGAAAACUGUGAUAUAUCUAUAGUUAAGUAAGGGGUCGUUACCACAGAGGAUGAAAUUCCCGCGAUACGCAGAAUGAUGGAGCGUGACUCGUAGAGUGAGUGGGGGAAGAGCGUUUAUUUUAAUCGCCUAUAUCGUUACGUGACAGUGAAAUGGUCGCUUGGAGGGGAUAGUCUCCUACCUAGAACGAUUAGCUGACUUUUCGAAGAGUGGGGGUUGCUGGCUCACGUGUUUUCAAACGUGCUGCGAGAUGAGGUCCAGUUCGUAUUUGCGAGGAUUGUGAGCGACACGAUUUCGGUCUCUACUAGCGUAACCAUCGCGGAGUCUCGUCUCGCGAGUGUUUUAUAUCAAAUUCGUAUUAUAGAUCGACGAACCUACAUGAAAAGUUUUCAAGUUGAUCGAAUAAUCAUUUCUCAUUUUUUUAUUCGUUUAAUAAAAAUAUUACAAAGUGCAUUAAUCUUUGGAUAAAAAAGAAUCGAACUUGUUCGCGUGAGCUGUAAUUUUUUACAGUUCGAGUACAUUUUGUUUUUGCCGCCCUUACGUAUAGGGCAAUCAUAUCAUUUUCUUUUAGUUUCCUUUCCAUUUUCGUUUCUUUCGUAUUUCUUUUAUUUCUAUCGUUCGAAGUGCGAAAUAUGAAACAAACGAGCAUUCUUACCACAUUAGUGGUGUGAUUCGACGCGUACAAAGAUCGAGAGAAAGAGAGAGAGAGAGAGAGACAGACCUUUCUUAAUAAGAAUUUUACGAUAUAAAGAAGACGAAAUGGAAGAAACAUCUACCGAAAAUGCGAAAGUUUCGGACUCUGGUUAUUCAAACACGUGCAGCAACAGCCAGUCGCAACGAAGUAGCGGCAGUUCGAUAUCCAGGAACAGCAAUCGUUCGGAAAGCAGUGGCUAUUGCGGUAGACAUCCUUCGACCUUUGGCUCGAGUAACGAGGCACUCCCACAACCGAUCAGUAAAAGGAAGGAUAAAGAAUACAAGAAGAAGAAGUCAAAAACGUUUUUGGCUGUUAAUUCUGAGGCAGAGAUUACUCUAAGAAGUACUGGCACACCGCCGGAUAAUACAUCCUAUAAUCUCGUCACUUCAACGAAACCAAUACUUGAGAAACAAACAGAAAUAGCAACUGUAGAAUUGGUGGAUGCAACGGAUCCAGGCGAACACAACGGCGAUACUCUGACAGACAGUCCGGAAGCAGGACUUGCUUCUCGGACGAAUCUUCUGGAUGAUUCAAGUUCACAAGCAAAUGAUGGAUUUUGCGCGGUGAUAUCAAUGCAUGACGGCCUCGUGCUGUACACAACACCCUCGAUAUGCACAGCUUUAGGGUACCCCAAGGACACGUGGAUUGGUCGUUCUUUCAUCGAUUACGUACAUUCUAAAGAUAAGACUACAUUAGCUGAUCAAAUAACUAGUGGUAUAGCCUCGCCUCAAGAGGAUCGUCCAAAAGGAAUUAAUGGAAGAAGAGCAAGUUUGUUUUGCGGAUUACGGAAGAACGUCAAGAUUGACAACAAUACCUCAAACAAAGAUCAAGAAAACGCAAGAUCCAAUCUUUACCUUCCAUUUCAUUUGACACUGACCUUUCGAGAUUUUCGUGAUCGAGCUGUCGAGCAACAACCAAGAGCAAUGUUUCUAGUCGUUACUGCUCAACCUGUGCACUCAGCAUACAAAGCACCAGAAGAAACUAUAAUAUCUUCGAUAUUUACAACCCGGCAUACUGCAACCUGCCACUUAUCCCAUGUCGAUCCUGACGUUGUCCAAUACUUGGGCUAUUUGCCUCAGGAUAUGAUCGAACGUUCACUGUUUGAUUUUUAUCAUCCCGAGGACCUGCCCUUCAUCAAAGACAUCUAUGAAACUGUGAUCAAGUUAGAAGGAUCUUCCUUUCGAUCGAAGCCCUACAGGUUCGCUGCCCAAAAUAAAAGCUACGUCGUCCUUGAAACCGAAUGGUCGUCGUUUAUCAAUCCUUGGACGAAAAAAUUAGAAUUUGUCGUAGGUCAGCAUAGAGUAUUGAAGGGACCUAUGGAUCCUGAUAUUUUUCGAGUACCACCUAAGAACGAAUUCGCUUCUCUGGCUAAUAUCAGCGAAGAGGUACUGAAAGAAUCCAAGAUCAUACAGAACGAGAUACGUACUCUUCUUGAUGAGAGCAUCCAAAGGACAUCAGAUAUUACCGAACACGAUGUCUCGAGAAGGUGUAAAGACCUCGCGUCCUUCAUGGAAAAUUUACUACAAGAAAUGAAGACACCGGCUCUUGGCAAGGAUACUCUAGCUGCGGACGACAGAAGUUUUUCGGGAUCACGCAAUCCCUUGUUACAGGAGCACGACAGCGUAAUGCUUGGUGAGAUAUCGCCUCAUCACGAGUACUACGACAGCAAAUCGUCUACGGAGACACCACCCAGUUACAACCAGCUCAACUACAAUGAAAACAUCGAGAGAUUUUUCAAGAGCAAACCAUCGGUUGCAAUCACGUAUGGUAGCGACGAGGAAAUAUUGAAUUUGAGCAACGACGAGGGCGAUAAAACUUGUCCGACCUCAACAGUGAGAAAAUGUAUGUCACCGAUAAAUGGAAGCGGCGCUAGUGGAAGUGGAAGCGCUGAAAAUCUUAGCAACGGUUCCAACAAUUUACUUAACUCUGUUAGCAGGGGUAAUACUUCCAAUACCACAAAUAGUAAUACCACUACUACGACGGAGGGUUUCAAACAACCGACUCUAACGGAGUCAUUGUUGAAUCGUCAUAAUGCGGAUAUGGAGAAGAUGAUGAUGCAAAAGCAUCGGGAAUUACGAUCAAGUAUAAAGAACAACGAUAAGUUAAAAGAUAUGCGUAUAAAAACGUCGAUCGAGAAGAUGUCCGUGGAUCAGAAUAAUUAUUACGUCGGUCAAUGUCACGGUGUCAAAAGAAGUGGCAGUCACAGCUGGGAAGGUGAUAGUUUCAAGGUUUCGAAACACGAUGAAGUUUCCAGGACGAGCACUGCCGGUCCAUUGCCAACGAAUGUUACUACUACUGUCGCGAGUACGAGCGUUGAUCAAACAUCCACGAUGUUUCAAAACAAUGGGAAUAUCAAUUUGUGGCCGCCCUUACCUGUAACUGCACCAUCGGCAACUCCUAUUCUAUCAUGUACUUCGCCUCAAAAUGUCAAUUGUCAAGCUAUUCCAAGGAUUCCAAUGAUUCCACAAAUGAUACCUGUAUAUUACAUGCCUGUACCACAACCGAUGGAUACUCCUAUACCAACAACAAAAUAUUCUCAAUCACCAACAAACGUUGCUCAUCCAUCGUCAUCUUUGCCAAUGCCGCAACAAAGUCCGUAUAUGUUUGUUCCAGUACCGUAUGUCGCGACAGCAAUACCUAAUGUUAUGUAUCCACCGGUGAUCGGUACUUCUGCUCCUGGAACGAUGAUGUAUCGACCUUUUUUAAUACCCGAACAAGCUCCUAUGCCACACGAAAAUAAAUCCACAAAUAAAUGUAUGGACAGAAAACGACCAGCUAGUCAAGCAACAAGCAUCAAGGCUGAACCAGGCAGCAUUAUGGCUAUGUCCGAAUCAUCGAAAAAAAUGUUAUCCCCGGGUGAGCUAUUUUCUUCUUGUAUCAGUAACGACGGUGGUUGCUCCAGUGUUGUGGACUUACCUACACCAAUAAAUAACAAACAACAUAGGAAAAUUGAUUACAACGGUGACGAGUCUAGUUCUUCGAGUUUUUAUAGUAGUCUCCUUUCUAAAAGUAGUGAGAGUAGUUGUAAUCCUGAUCAAAAGGCAGUUGAAGAAGUUGCAAAGAAUUCACAACAAACAACAAAAGUAAAACACGCAAUACACAGGAAAGAUCCACCUUGGUUAGAAGGAGUCCAAUUAACACCAGAAUUAAUAUAUGAAUAUCAAAUUCAUCCAAAGACUUUAAAUGAAGUACUCAAAGCCGACAUGGAUACUUUGAAGAAAAUUAACCAACCACUUUUAGUGAACGAACAAUUAGGCCAACUUUAUUUUGAUUUGGAACUCGAAGGAUUUGGAACAAAACUAAUACUCGAGGAUGGAAUAACUUCUAGCGAAAGUGAUAGUGGAAGCAGUAAUAGCAGUUGGAUGGGUCUUACAUCUCAGAAGCCAAAGUCGUUAUACAUAUAAUUGCAGCAUAAACAAAGAAGAAAAAUGGUGAAGUAUGCUAGACGGAUGAUGAUUCAUGAGGAAAACGCACCCUUCCCGCCACCGUUACCUUCUUAGACAGUAUCCUGCCAGCAAACAUAGCAAUAUCAAUUUUUUGUGCAUUUCGAUUUCUGAAAAGAUUAAUUCUUUAAUGAAAUUCACUGAAAUAUUUUUCAAUCACAAUGAUACCUUCAAAAACAAAUGUUCUUAUACGGGCACCAUACGAUUUUUCAGCACAAAAAAACGAAAAGAAAUGGAAGUGGUGAGACUUUUCAUAGAAAUAUUUUCAUACUAUUCACAUUUAUUUUUAUUUUUUUAAAACUGUUUUUAGCUUUUAAUGUACAUAUUUUAUAAUUACUUAAACAUUGGACUCCAAAGCUAUAUAUGAUAUUUUUUAAAUUAUAUCAGGGGAAUAUGUCCUCGAACGCAUUUGACGUUCCGAGUGCCUCGAAUAUAUAUGUUAUAUUUUUAGAAGAAAAGUUAUAAUUACUUUAAUUAUUUUAUUUAAUUAAUUAUUAUAUCAUAGAUAGGAAAAAUAGUUGAUGAGAUAUAGUAGUCAUAUAAGUUAAUGAUAUAUUUAAAUGUACUUAGAAAAUGCUUAACAAUUAGUUGAAACACAUUGAGUAUCUUAAACGUAUAUCUUACGGUUAAAAUUAUUAUCUAUAUAAAUUUUAAUAUUAUAUUUUCAUUAAAAAAGAAGGAUAUUUUUUCUGUUUAUUAAUAUUUAGUAUUCAAAAUCUAUUUCCAAUUAAUCCGUUUGUAUUUAAUUUUGCGCGAUACUAUAUUUUAUCGUAUUUUAUUAUAUUUUAGAGUAAUAUUAUCAUGUUUUUUUUUAUUAUAUUAAUAGAGAAAAAAGAGAAUUAAUCUCUAAAUUAUUUAUAACUUUAAUCGUAUAUGUAGAACUUUUGCUUUUUUUCUACGAGCAAAUAUUUGCAUGAUAUGAUGCAUGAUGUUUCGUAAACGCUUACAUAAAUAAAAUUACGUUGAAGGUACGUAAUGUAAAAUUAAAAUACAUAUAAGUAAUAUUUUUAUCGUUAAAAACAAAAGAAGAGAGAGAAACAAAUAUUAAGAAUACUAUUUUCAUAUAUGUUACGAGCAUAUAUAUCUGAUAUGAUUAUAUUUGUAAAUUAUACAGGUAUUCUUUUUCUUUAAUGACAAAAAAAAAUAAUAUCAAGAAGUAAAUAUUUUAUAUACCAUUUAGUUAUAGAUGCACAAUAGCCUGAUGAUCAUCUUAUUGUUAACUUGGUGUAUUUGAAAAGUACAAAAAAUAUUUUGUUACCAGCUGUUUGAGUGUUCCUCUUCGCAAUAUGUAAAUUUUCUCUUCAAAUCAUUCAAUUCAACAAAUGCAUUAUUUCGUAUAUAUAUAUAGUAUCAAACUUUUUUGAUCUAAUCUAAAAUUGGAAUAAAACAUCCUUAAAGAUUUAUUUGAUGAUCUUAGGGAUGUAUACUUUAUUUAUUAAUGAAAAAAUGAGAGUUAAUCAUGGCGCUGGAUUCUUCAUAUAUCUUUUUAUACGCUUUUAUAAGAAUAUUGUUAUAUGUAUACUAGAUUAUUUUUAUUAUAGAAUAUAUAUAUAUUAUAUAUAUAUAUAUAUAUAUAUAUAUAUAUAUAUAUAUAUACAGCUCUUUCAUUAUACAAAAUAUUCGAAUGUGAUAAGAUUUUCAAGUGUAGAAUCCAGGACAUGAUUUUUUUCAUAUUUUAAUAAUAAUAAAAAAAAGAAAAAAAAAGUUCGUUAUAGAGUUAGCACAAAACAGAGUGGUGUGUUUUUUCAAUACACCAAUUUUUUAGCUUUUCGAAAACGCGCAGACUACUGAUAUAUUUUUUAUCCAUAUCAUUUUUGAUAAAUUUAAUUGAUUUAUUUAUAGCUUAGGAAAAGAAACUAUACAAAGAAUUCCAUGAUCUGUAUCAAUAUUUCAUCUUUAUAUUUAAAUUACAAGUAAAUUUAUUAUAUAUAAAUUUAAGGGAGAUAACGAUUUCAUAGAAAUUAUUUAUUUAUUAUUCGAAUAUAUAAAUGUGACGAAAAUGUCGAAAAACAUCGCGUGGAAAGAAGUUAUAUGCUUUUUAUAAAAACUUCAUUCAUUCAAAAGUCAAAUAAAAUAAGUUUAGAAAGAUGUAAGUGUAUAUAAUAAUAUAAAUGAUAUAGAGAUUUUUAUUAAGAAGAUCUGUAAUUGUGCAGUCUGAUUUCUUCUAUAAGUACAGACAAAUAUAUUACAGUAUUCGAUUAUCUUCUUCUUGUACAAUUUUUAUCCUUAUAUAUAUACGAUAUAAAAUCGUAGCUUAUAUUUAGAUACAAUUUUUCACGUAAACUUUUGCAUUUCAAUAUAUCAAUCCUUAAUAAAUACAAUCUGCACGAAAAACACAGAGCUUUGAAGUAAAUUAAUAAGUAUUGAAGUAUUUGUUGUACAAAUAUAAUUUUGUAAAUAUAUAAAUUAUAUAUAUAUAUGUAUAUGUAUAUGUAUAUGUAUAUAUAUACAUAUAUAUAUACACGAGUGUAUCUAGAAUUAUGUCCGCCUUCAAAGUGUCUUUACUUUUCAUUAAGAACGAAGAAUACAUUUUUUUUUCUUGUAAUAUUAUUCAUUCUUUGUAUAAUCCUUCUUAUUGUAAUAAUGUACAAGUGUAUUCUUUUUUCUUUUUGGCAAUUCAUAAAUGGAUCUUUUUCUAUUCUUAUAAGAAGAUCCAUCACAAUCAUAAAAAUUCUAUAGCUAUAUUGGAACAAGUGAAAAAAAAAUCUUGAAUCAAAUAUGUUUUAAGCCUUAAUAAAUAAUAUACAUCUAUGUGUGAUACACAAAAACAAUUAUACAAUAUAGAAUAAUUAAUGAACUCUAUUGUGAAGACAUCACAUGUUACGUUUAUGUGACAUUUUAAGCAGAAUUUAAAUGUAUUUUCAAAUAUACGAAUAUAAAUCCGUCA